UACUGCUAUCAUUUGGCUAUCGGGGUACGUAUACUAUUUGUUUUGUUAGAUUGUUUUGUUCUUUGCAAAACCACGUCGAAUGAAUAUAAAUUUUGGAUCAAUAAUGGUAUAGAUAAACGGAAUAAUUACCAAACUUGUAUGUAAAUAAAUCAUCUUAAUAUGCAUGAUCUUAUUUUACAGUGUAUGAAUCAGACAUUUUCAAAAACAAUCAAAUAUUUUAAGGAUCCAAACAGUAACGCACGCGUCGAAGGGGCACACGCGAGCGGUUGCUACGUUCUUGAUGCCUUGAUUGCGGCCGACGCACACGCCGACGUUGACGCACAGAAAGCGACGCAGGUAGGGGAUGUGGCGACGGCACGGCACGGCGGACAGACGGAUAUAUAGCACAUGCACGAAUCGCUCGAGGAUAACAUCUCGCGGCCCCAGGAAAGGCGGGGGUAGGUGCAGGAGCUGCGCGUUGGUAACGGCCGAGGGGGAAUAUGUGGAGUCAGGGCAGCGAGGGGAGCAACAGCGACGGUACACCGUAUGCGCGGAGGACGUAGGGGAAAGAUUUUAUCGGCCGGUAGCCACGAGGAUUGGGAGAGUGUGGGAGGAAAAGAGGAUGACGGAGGAGGGGGAAAAGAGAGAGAAAAGAGGAAGAGAGAAGAAGAGCAAAGGGGGAUUCCAGCGUGUCCAUCGCCAUGUCGGCGGAGGGAAAAGCCCGAUCUAAAUGUCGGAGGGAGGGAAGGUAUGGAGGCGAAACGGCGAGGGCGGGUAGACGGUGAACAUGCGGUGGUGGCGGCGACGCGUGCGCUUGACGGAGACGGUAGGUAGGAGAAAAUGAGAGAAGAAGCAUGGGGGCGGUGGCUGCGCGGCUACACGGCCGCCAUCACCAUCCGUCUCAUCCUAUAGUAAACUUCCAGAGCGAGUUCCCGAUCUGUUCCGUAUGUGUGUGUGUGUGUGUGUGUGUGUACGUGAUGUGUGUGUGUUAGAGAUUCGUGUUUUACCGGUGCUUCCUAGCUUCUCUACUCGGCGCGAGGUUGCUAGUAACGCAUCGUACCGUUUCUGCCUUGUUGCCCGCUCUUGUCUCUCUGCCAUGCCUUGACAUACCAUUUUGUCUCAUCCUCUUUCGCUUUUCCCGUCUCUCGUUCCUUUCUCGCUGACCGUCACGUAUCAUUCGUCGUGUCUUUUUCCCUUUGCCUCUCUUUUCUCUGUUUUUUUUCGUACGUGCUGUCAGCCACCGUCGUUGCAAUUUUCUUGUAUCGGGAUCGGUAAGUCGGGAGUGUGUUUAUAUUUUACUUUUGUUUCUUUUCCUUUUACACAUCUGUGAUGCGCGUUGGGAAGACGGGAAUUCUGAAUCAGAAGGUAAAGGUGAUGAAAGAGUGGUAGAUGGCUAGGGGAAAAAGAAGUGUAUAAAAAAAGUUAGAAAUGGAGGAGGAGAAGAAAGAAGAAGCGAUACAACGACAAGAAGAAGAAGACCUAUGUCGCGAUGAAAUAAACGAGGCUUGUCUCGAUCUACCGAACCGUUUGUAGGAGGAUAAGUUGCAACGCGAGAGAGCGAAGGGCGGAAUACAUGAUUGAGUGAUGAGAAGAGUAUGACUCCGCAUGCGCGCGUUGCGACAAGGUAAUCGCGAGAACAAAGGAUCAUCCGAGGUGAACACUAGAAAAGAAAGAAGUCGCGACGUUGAUGAUGCGCCACUGUGCCUUAGAACAUCGAUGGACAACGAACUCGUCGUGAGACGACAGUCAAGCUGACGACGAUCUCCGCCGCAGAGAAGGGAAUCUGGCCGCGACGUCAAGCCUAAGCUGGAGGUGGUGGAGGAGGAGAAGAAAGAGAAAGAGGAGGAAAAGGAGCCGCCGGAUAUAACCCUUGAGGCACCGGCUCGCGCGAAUAUGAGCAUGACUCUAGUUCGAAAUUCGUUCAAAGGCUGUACUAGCGAGGACGACGCAGGUGUCACAAAUACGGCGGAGGUGGGCGGAGGUUGCGCGGGUGGAGCACGUACUGCGGAAGGUGGAAGUUUUGUCGGCAAUGGAGGCAGUGGUAACGGAGGAACGCGCGGCAGUGGCAGUGGCGACAGUGAAGGCGGGUCGUCUGCAGCAAAGGAGCAAAACGGCGGUGAGAGGUGUCCUCAAUGUGACAUCUUCUGCCGGGACGUUUGCGUCCUGCAGCAUCAUCUCGAGAUCACGCACAAAGCGUCCUACACUGUUGACAAGCACGAUCCUAACGCCCAGUUCUCUCAAGUGUCCUGCAAGGUGUGUAGCAAAACUUUCGCCAACGUCUACAGAUUACAGAGGCAUAUGAUUAGCCAUGAUGAAAGCGCCGUUCUACGAAAGUUCAAAUGUCCUCAUUGCGAAAAAGCGUUCAAAUUCAAACAUCACCUUAAGGAACAUCUGCGCAUUCACAGCGGAGAAAAGCCAUUCCAGUGUAACAAUUGUGGCAAACGUUUCUCUCAUUCCGGAUCGUAUUCGAGUCACAUGACGGCAAAAAAAUGCUUGAUAAUGAAUUUAAAGAAGACGAGGCAAAACACUAUAAGCAAUGUCGAUCGAGGACCGAAAAAGGCGCAUCAUCAACCGUUAUCGGGACGGCGCGACGUUGAUGUAUUGACUGCCAACAAUAACACGUUUCUACCGAUUUUGCCAAAAAUGUCACUUUCGGAUUAUCAGGAGAUACAAAGAGAGGGAGCAGGUAUUUACGAUGUGCCGACUCUGUUACCUCAGAUGUCAGGAUUUGGAAGUUAUAUCCUGCAGUCUUCGCUAGGUAAAUUAGUGCAGUAUUUGCAUUCUAAACGGCUGGACGAGAUCACCGAGCAAUUCGAGACGCAUCGAGAAGUGAUGAGUCCAUCGACAGCGGAUUCUGAGGGAACAGAAGGUACUGAGGGCAAAGAAUCUCCUGCGUCAACGUAUUCGGGUCUUGACGCUGUUCGACGAAUUCUAGAAACUAUAAAUACGUCUGUGACGAAAGAAUUACUCGAGGCAAACGUGCGAAAGCUCUCUACAUCUCCGGCUACAAUGAAGCGAAAGUUCGAGGAAGAUUGUCAAGAUCAAGAUAGUGAAAUCUCCAGUGAAAUGACACAUUGUCCAGAUUGGACAGUAACAGAUCAAUAUGAUCAGCAGAGUGAAGGUUUGGCUGCAAAACUUGAAAACGCUAAUCAACAGACAUCGAAAUCAGGUAAUAAGAAAAUUAAGUACAGCUCUGAAACGGAUUCGGAAGAUGAGGACGAGAUCAACCAGACACACAACGACAAUGGCAAGAAAGUUAGAGCUAGGUCGCUCAUAGACGAUGAACAAUUAGCCGUUCUGAGAGGUUACUACGCCAUCAAUCCGCGACCUAAGAAGGACGAGCUCAACAUGAUUGCAAAUUAUAUUAAUUUUCCUAUUCGUGUUGUACAGGUUUGGUUUCAAAAUUCUCGAGCCAGAGACCGAAGAGAAUCAAAAGCAUCACCAGCUCUAAUACGUUUAACAGAUGAUUUAAUAGAAGAUGAUAUUCGUGAUCAAAUUUUGAAUCAUAUUCAAGUCAGUGAGCAGCCGUUAGAUCUAUCGAAAAAGGAGUCACUUACUAUAUCAACUACCAAAGAAAGCGAUACAUCGAGCAGAAAUACCUCAUCCCCUAGCGAGCAGAAGAUCGACAAUCCCGUUUCGAACGUAGACAACGAUGAUGUCGAAGAUUUGCCUCUCGUCAUAGACGAAGAGACUUCUACCGAUCCUGUCGAAGCAAAGUGCACACCUUCUAGUAGAGAAAUAAGCACGAAAAGUCAAAAUCAAGCAAAUACAAAAGGCGAAAGUGAAGCGGCACCUCAACCAGAAGCAACUCCCGUGGCAACGGAAACCGAGCAGGGUCUUUAUUUCUGUGAUCGGUGUGACAAAACAUUUUCCAAACACAGUUCCCUCGCGAGACACAAAUAUGAACAUUCCGGGCAAAGGCCAUACAAAUGCGUGGAGUGUUCAAGAGCGUUCAAGCACAAGCAUCAUCUGACUGAACACAAGCGGCUGCAUAGCGGCGAAAAGCCUUUCCAAUGCUCCAAGUGCCUCAAGCGCUUCUCUCACUCCGGCUCCUACAGCCAGCAUAUGAAUCAUCGGUACUCUUAUUGUAAGCCCUACAGAGAAUAAGAGUACUAUGCUUGAUCGUCCAUGGCCUGCUCGUUUACCUAUAUAUAUAUAUAUAUCAAGGAUCCGGACCGGACUGAAACCGAAACCGAUAACCGGACCGUAACCGUUAUUUUAGUCAAACCGAAACUGAAAACCGGCUCGAAAUAUUAUGUAGACUAAUGGACCGGAACCGUAACCGAACCGAAAACUAUUUCCGAUGUUUAUUUCGGUUCGGAUUUUUC